CAAAAGUAAGUUAGCGGUUGUGCAUUUGUGUAUAUAUGUGCGGGCGUACUCGCACGCAAACAAGGACUGUAUAACUACGUUCCAGCUCGUUACGGCUCCUCCGUCACAUACAGUUUUGUACUUGUCAUUUGCAUAUUUUUCUAAGUUGCUUUCAUCACAACAUCCGUCCUUGGCUUACUUCAGGUGUAACUAAAGAAGCUGAUUGGUCCUCUCUGCGCAAAGCUCCUGCACCCUGGGCAGAGAUGGAGUUUGAGAACAUCAUCCUUACUGUACCGUCACACCUCAUUCGUGACCUGGAGAACGUUCUGGAGGUGGAAAAACUCUGGAAUGGCAUCAUGAAGGGUGUUGCAGAUCUGGCCGUCAUUCCACAAAAAUUCAUCCGCAAAGAACGUAUCGUGGCUGAUGUGCAGAUUUCUGCAGGUUGGAUGCAUGCAGGCUAUCCCAUCAUGAUGCACUCAUCCGCAGGAGCUGAGCUGUUCAACCCACAAGAUGCCCGGACCAAAGGUCUGUGGGGAGAAAUUCAUGAACUGGGGCACAACCAGCAGAGAAGCCCCUGGGAGUUUCCACCACACACUGGAGAGGCCACAUGCAACCUGUGGUCAGUGUAUGUGCAUGAGGAGGUGCUGGGACUCAACAGAGAAAAGGCUAGUAGGAACAUCACCUCAGCCAAACGGAAGCGCUAUAUAGAGGAAUACGUUAAAGGAGGCAAGAAUCUCAGCGACUGGAACGUUUGGACUGCCCUGGAGACAUACCUGCAG